AUCACAUUAAGUCAGAAGUAAUAUAGUGAAAAGCAAAAUACUAGCUUAAUUUAAGACAAAUGCUUUGUUAAUGUUUGUUUUUUUUAUUUAAGGCGUAAUUCACAAACUGGCCUAUCCAGUUGUGGUAUGUUUGGUUAAUGUAUGGGAGCAUGUGAUAUGUUUAGUCUGUCAGCUUCCUCGUUUUGUUGUGAAAAACAAGACUAUCUGCUUCUGGAAACAGACUUGUUAGAUUAACACCCGGUUAGAAUGGAGUCGCUAGUAGUACUGGGUGUGCUGGCGAUUAUCUGCGGUUUAAUCCACCCUGCGAACGGAUUCGAGGAAAGAUUCCGCUUCGCUUCUUACUAUGGGGAUCACAUGGUGCUGCAGGCAGGCCCGGGGAGUGCUGUGAUCUGGGGGUACGGAGCAGAAGGAGCCACGGUUACCGUGUCUGUGGAAGGGAAGGACAAACACACUGCAAAGGUGUUGGAUGGGAUCUGGAGCGUGACCCUUGACCCAGUGAAGCCUGGAGGCCCCUUCACAUUAACAGCAGAGCAUCUAAGUCAAGACGGGCUGACCAGCCUCAACCUGACCGACGUUCUGUUCGGAGAUGUGUGGCUGUGUGGAGGACAGAGCAACAUGGAGAUGACCCUCUCCCAGGUGAUGAAUGCCUCCGAAGAGCUGGCUGAGGCCUCCAAGUUUCCUGAUGUGCGUGUCUUCAGCGCGGCUCUGGAACAGAGUUCCACAGAGCUGAGAGACCUGGCGAAGGUCGCACUGCCCUGGUCCAUUCCCUCUGCAAAGGUACUGGGAGCUGGCAAUUUCACCCAGUUCUCUGCGGUGUGCUGGCUCUUCGGGCGCUACCUGUACGAGAGACUGCAGUACCCCGUGGGGCUGGUGGAGUCUUGCUGGGGGGGCACCCCUGUGGAGGCCUGGUCUUCACACAGGGUCCUGCACCGCUGCGGGCUAGUGGAGGACACAAUCGGGAGCCGGUUUGAAUAUGUGGAUAGGGUGAUGGGCCCCAGGUUCAACUCUGUGCUGUGGAACGCUAUGAUACACCCUCUGCUGAACAUGACCAUCAAGGGAGCUAUCUGGUACCAAGGGGAAGACAACACAAACUACAACCUGGACCUGUACAACUGCACCUUCCCGGCCAUGAUCGACGACUGGAGACUGAGCUUUCACCAGGGAUCGGCCGGGCAGACCUCCGCAGUCUUUCCUUUCGGCUUCGUGCAGAUUUGCACAGACAACCAGGGCUCUCCGAGCGAUGCUUUCCCCAGACUGCGAUGGCACCAGACCGCUGAUUUUGGUUUCGCCCCCAACCCCAGGAUGAAGGACACCUUCAUGGCAGUCAGUGUAGACCUGGUGGACCCCGGCUCUCCUUGGGGCAGUAUCCACCCACGGUACAAGCAGGACGUGGCACGAAGGCUGAUCCUGGGAGCCCGCGCUGUGGCUUACGGUGAAAAAGGCAUCUCAUUCCAGGGGCCAUUCCCAACUAAAGUUGAGCUCAAGGGGAAUAUAAUGAUCAUCACCUACUCGCAGAAAAUCACUGUCACCCAUUUCAACAAAGAUGUAUUCGAGGUCUGCUGCUCUAAAAAGAAGACAGCCUGUGAUGUCAGCUCCUCGGGGUGGGCCCCUGCACCUGUGUUCAACGUCUACAGCAACAUCAUCUUCCUAACAACAGAAAACUGCCCCGAUGAAGUUUCUGGCUUGCGCUAUGCCUGGAAGGACUGGCCAUGUGACUGGAAGGCUUGUCCAGUCUACAGUGCUGACCGUGUCUUGCCUGCUCCCCCCUUUGUUGUUGGCCCCCAGGGGUCUGGGAGAUGGACCAUUCUUGAAUAAAGUGGGUCUAUUUAACAGAAUUGGUCUUACGACUUUUGUCAUAUCAAGUAAGAAGUGGAAAUAGCCCACCUUUGCAAAGUAGGUUGAUUACAAAAGAUAUCUUGGAGAUUAUAAUGAGAGAAUUGUGGGUGCAGAUAAAUAGAAAAAGCUGUAUACAAAUUGUGUUUUUUUUUUUUUUUUUUCCUGCAUUGUGGGACCAUGAAGAUACAAUACAAAAUAAUCAAGUGAUUUUGUAAAUAAACAUGAAAAGAAAUUGUGUAUAAAUGUAAUAAUGAAAUAAAAAAAAAUGUUUCUUUUUUUA